AUGAGUUUAACGAGCAAACGUCGCCAUGUUAUCUCCUACAAAUGUGAUUGGGGAUUUCUAUUGGAUAAGCAGUCUAAGCCUAUCUUCAUACUGUAUUAGCCAUAUUUUCAGGUAAUUAGUUCAGGAUACCCCAAGACGGAAACAUUGGGAGAGACAACAAACACAUGGGUAGUUGGACAGACCAACGUCGACAUGAAGGGUUUUAUCCUCAUGGUCCUGGGAAUAGUGCACCUUCAUGAAGCAUUUGGUGUGACUCACUCCCUGACGCAUUUCUACACCGCAUCUUCUGACAUUCCCAACUUCCCAGAGUUUGUGUUUGUGGGGAUGGUGGAUGGUGUUCAGAUGGUUCACUAUGACAGCAACAUCCAGAAAGUGGUGCCCGAACAGGACUGGAUGAAGCAGACAGACGCAGAGUUCUGUGAGAAGGAGAGAGAGAAUUUAUUUUAUUCCAAGCAGUCAUUCAAAGCUGAAGUCGCUACUCUAAAGCAGCAUUUUAACCAAAGUGGAGGAGUCCACAUUCUCCAGUACAUGUAUGGCUGCUCACGGGAUGAUGAGACUGAACAGACAGAGCGGUUUGGACAGCUGGGUUAUAAUGGGGAGAACUUCCUUGAGUAUGACAUGAAGACAUUAACUUGGAAAUCUCUAAAACAGCAACCUAAUUUCAUGCAGGAUGAGUGGAACAGUGACACCAGUAGACUGUUAUUCUGGAAGAACUACUUCACCCAGACCUGCAUUGAUUGCCUGAAGAAGCAGGUGGACAAUAGGAAGAGCACUCUGAGGAGGACAGUCCCUCCCUCAGUGUCUCUGCUCCAGAAGACCCCCUCUUCUCCAGUGACCUGCCACGCUACAGGUUUCUACCCCAGUGGAGUCAUGGUGUUCUGGCAGAAAGAUGGGCAAGAACAGCAUGAAGAUGUGGAGAAUGGAGAGACUCUCCCAAACGAUGAUGGAACCUUCCAGAAAAGCACCCACCUCACAGUGACGCCUAAGGAGUGGAAGAACAACAAGUAUCAGUGUGUGGUUCAGGUCACUGGUAUCAAGGAGGUCUUCAUCAAGGUUCUGACUGAGUCUGAGAUUCAGACCAACUGGAAGGACCCAGCCCCCAACAUUGUCCUCCACAUUGGAGGGGUGGUAGCUCUCCUCCUGGUUGUUGUUGUUGUUGUUGGGGUCGUCAUUUGGAAGAAGAAGAAGAAGAAAGGGUUUGUUCCAGCCAGCACUAAUGACACUGACUCUGCGUACUCUGGGGAAGGUCUCCUGAAGACUUGAGUCCUCUCUGCACUUCUGAAGCAGCUGAAGACAGUAACGAAAUAAAAACACCAAAUGCUGAACUUCUCAAAAACAUAACAUAUACUUACACACAUCAGUCACACACACUCCAUAUAUACUGAACAGAAAUAUAAAUACAACCAUUUCAAAGAUUUUUCUGAAUUACAGUUCAUGUAAGGAAAUCAGUCAAUUUGAAAUAUAAUCUAUGGAUUUCAUAUGACUGUGAAGGGGUGGGCCUGGGAGGGCAUAGAAUCACCCACUGGGGAGCCAGGCCCAGCCAAUCAGAAUGAAUUUUCCCCCACAAAGGGCUUUAUUACAGAACAAAAAUACUCCCUACUAAUGGGUGUAAACAAAUUGAGCACAACAUUUUGAGAGAAAUAUGCUUUGUGUGCUCAUGGAACAUUUCUGAGAUCUUUUAUUUCACCUCAUGAAACAUGGGACCAACACUUUACAUGUUGUGUUCAUAUUUUUGUUGUGUAUAUGAAUGUCAAAAAAUCUGGUUUCAAAAAUAUUCUUCGGUGAACAGUUUUACUUUCAUUUAAUCCUUGGUUUGUCUUUUUAAAAGUUGUGCUGUACUGUCAUUUUUUUAAGUUAUAAAAUGUUAUAAUGCCACUGUGUGAUAGACUUAUCUCAGUCUUACCGUUAUAAUCAAUGGAACACCAUGAAAGUGUGUUUCUGGAAAGCAUUAGAUUGUUGUGAGAUGUUGAAUUAAGAUUUGAACAUCUGUUAUUCUAACUGAAGUCAUCAAAACAAUCACAUUUUAAAAUAUAUUUAUUUAAACUGGGAAAAACGACAUUGUUUUGUUUGAAUGUGUAGCAGCGCAGGUGGUGUUAUAACUUUGCUCACACUAACUUGUUUAAUUGCAUGGCUAUAAGUCAGACAAGGCCUGUCCACGUUCCGUUUGUACAUUUUUCUCUUACCGACAGUGGUGGUAUUUUUCUAGCGGUUUUGAUUUUAUGAGACGUUUGAUUACGAUGGGGGCAUAACACAUUUUUGACUGUACCUUCUGUAGUUGGUGAUGGGGCAAGUCAACAUGUAUUGUAAGUGUUUUCUACUUUGUACCUUUAUUGAUGCCUUACACAUUUGAAGGAAAGUGCCAUAUUGGACCUUUAUUUUGUUUUCAGUAAGAUCUGUUCUAAACAGCAAAGGAUUUGAAGUGAAACAAUACGUUUGUAUAUGGGUUUAAGAAAUAAUAUAAUAUACUGCUCUUUCCAUGAUAUACUGACCAGGUGAAAGCUAUGAUUCCUUAUUGAUGUCACCUGUUAAAUCCACUUCAAUCAGUGUGAAGGGGAGGGGAGGGGAGGAGACAGGUUAAAGAGGGUUUUUUAGACAUGGAUCAUUGAGAGAGGGAUGUGUGCCAUUCAGAGGGUGAAUGGACAACAUAUUUAAGUGCCUUAGAACAGGGUAUGGUAGUAGACGCCAGGUGUACUGGUUUGAGUGUGUCAAGAGCUGCAAUGCUGCUGGGUUUUUCAUGCUCAACACUUUACCGUGUGUAUCAAGAGUGGUACACCACCCAAAGGACAUCCAGCCGACUUGACACAACUGUUGGACGCGUUGGAAUCAACAUGGGCCAGAGUCCAUGCCCUGACGAAUUGAGGCUGUUCUGAGGGCAAAGGGGGUUGCAACUCAAUAUUCAGAAGGUAUUUAUUUUGAUGACCUGUAUGAAGUUGAUGGGGCGGCAGGUCCCCUAGUGGUUAAGAGCUUUGAGCAAGUAACUAAAAGGUUGCUGGUUUGAAUCCCAGCCUUAGGUAUUUUUUAACACUGCAACUGCAGUUGACUUAGAUUUUGGAUGCAGUCAUUUCAGAACAGUUGAACUGCACUGUGACUGCAGUUACACUGCAUUUAGUAUUUUUUUUAAGUGUGCUGCGGUUAUACUGCACUAUUGACUGCAGAGGCGACUAGGUGCGAAAUCUGCCUUUGAGCAAGGCACUUAACACAAAUUGCUCUUGAGACUGUCUACUAAAAGCCGAAUGUAACUGUUUGAAUAAAAUGCUUCUUAAGUUCGA